GUUCUGAGGUGGGUGUCAGGGUAGGGAGCGGUGGCCUGGGGAUACCGUGUCCAGGGGCAGCUGCAGCCCUGUGCCUCUCCUGGGGACAGGGACAAAGGGAUAAGGGGAGGAUGGCUGUGGUGCACAUGGCCUAUGGCAGGUCUGAGUCAAAACACCUAAGGCCGACCCUAGCUGGUCAUGCGGAGGGCUGCCCAGUCAUCGCCUUAUGCCGGCCUGGGUCACCCAGGCAGGCUGGGUGCGGCCCAGUCAGCUGUGACUCAGGCCUUAGCGUCCUCGCCACACAGUACCAGGCAGGGGUGUCGGCCACAAAGACGCCCCCUCCCCACACCCUGACCCUGCUUCUCCCCUCUGCUACCCUGAAGAACUUGCCCCCACCGGGCACAGACACAGACGGGCCAGAACUGGGACUCUAUACUCCUGCUGUCCCCAGCCCUUAGCUGGGGGUUGAGGUGGAAGUGGGGGAGCCUCAGGGCCACCCAGUUCUGGACGGGAAGUCAAGUGGGGGGCGGGGUGAGGAGCCAGCUCCAAAGGAGACAGCAGGAGAGGGAAGCAGAUGGGCCCUGGCCUUGAAGACGAUGGUGUCCUAUUGAAGACCUGGCAAACCUCCUUCAGGACGUUGGAGUGUUGUGCGUGGACACAGACCACGGCUCCAGUAUAUAAAUCAGGCAAAUUCCCCAUUUGAGCAUGAACCUCUGAAAACUGACGGCAUCCGAGAUUUCCUCCAAGGCCCUCUGGAGUCCAGCCCAUAAUGAAGGUCUUGGCGGCAGGAGUUGUGCCCCUGCUGUUGAUUCUGCACUGGAAACACGGGGCAGGGAGCCCCCUCCCCAUCACCCCUGUCAACACCACCUGCACCACACGCCACCCAUGUCACAGCAACCUCAUGAACCAGAUCAGGAAUCAACUGGCACAGCUCAACAGCAGUGCCAACGCCCUCUUCAUUCUCUAUUACACAGCCCAGGGGGAGCCAUUCCCCAAUAACUUGGACAAGCUGUGUGGUCCCAAUGUGACGGACUUCCCGCCCUUCCACCCUAAUGGCACGGAGAAGGCCAAGCUGGUGGAGCUAUAUCGCAUCAUCGCAUACAUGGGCUCCUCCCUGGGCAACAUCACCCGGGACCAGAAGAUCCUGAAUCCCAAUGCCCUCAGCCUCCACAGCAAGCUCAACGCCACCGCGGAUGUCAUGCGGGGCCUCCUCAGCAACGUGCAGUGCCGCCUAUGCAGCAAGUACCACGUGGCCCAUGUGGACGUGACGUAUGGCCCUGACACCUCGGGCAAGGACGUCUUCCAGAAGAAGAAGCUGGGCUGUCAGCUGCUAGGGAAGUACAAGCAGGUCAUUGCAGUGGUGACCCAGGCCUUCUAAGCGGGAUGUCUUGAAAUGUGCCAUGAACCAAGGGAUUUCGGGAUCAGGAUCCAGAUGUGGGGAGCUCCCAAAAGUUGGCCAGGGCCCAAGGGCAAUGCUAGACCAAAAUGGGGGCUGCUGGCAGACCCCAAGGUGUUCCUGGCUGGCCCACUCCACUCUGGGUGGGCUGUGAUGAAACCGAGCAGAAUCGAAACUUCCAUAGGUAGGGCCUAUAUACAGCACCAACUCCAAGAAGGGGCCCCUUCCUCUGGGAGAUGGCAACCAGGGUGUCAGACUGACAAGGUGGGUAGGGGCUGGACUUCUGCCCCCUCUUGUCCUCUUGGCCCCUUGCUUACUUUGUGCAGUAAGCAAACUGCACAGGUUAUCUGUAGCAGGCAUAACAGGGUGCGACAGCAGCCUCCAGCAAAUGACCAUUGUUGUGCCUUUGCUGCCCUAUGGGGUAGGCUUUGGAAGUCUUGGUGGACACCAGGGUGGGCCAGAGGGGCUGGGAUCCCAGAGGACUUCUUGUCCUCCAGAAGUUUGCUAAGUGGAAGACAGAAAGAACGUCUGGGGUGGAAUGCUGUCUUCUCUCAAGCUCAGGCCUAAAGACUGUUAGGUGGAAGGUUCUAGAAGGAGGUCACUGGUGUGCUGGCUUUUUGGGAAGCAGAAAAGCCACUUUCAAGCUUGGGAACAAGGAAGACACCAGAAGGAGAGACCCUAGAAGGUUUGGUGGGCUCAUCUUCCUUGUCCCUGCUGUCUUCCCUGCAGCCUGGGACAGCCAGGGUCUGGUAGUCACCUGGAGGUGGGUUUUUGCAGGUGGGCAGGGCAGGGGCAGGUUGUGAAGUCAGGUGAGGAGGUUCUGGGGACACCCUAGAGUCUUCCUCCUGGGCAGGAUCUUUAGGAGAAGGACUGGAGGGCUCAGAGGAGCAGUUUAUAUCCAAGGCUCAUGGAGGCUCUGUGAGGUCACAUAAAGGUACUUGAGAUGGCCUCUGGUCCCUAGUGCGAGGGGACAGCAGAACUUGAGGUCAGGAUCUCAGGGAAGUCUGGGGUCCAAAAAUGCUGUGUGUGUGAUCCAGCUUAAUUUCUAUUUAUUAUGUUAUCCUAUUUAUAUUAACUUAUUGGUGCUUUCAAUGGCAAAGUUAAUUCCCCUUCCUUGGCUCCCUACUCAACAGAAUUAUUAUGCCAGAUCCUUACACAGGAGCCAGGGCCAGGGCUUAGCAGACCCGGUCUGGAAGUUGAUGAUGUUACAAGUGGAAUGUGGUGAAGCUCAGAGGAGUGUCAGGAUCUGAGAGAACUCAAGGCCCAGGUCGGGACAGGAGGCCUGGCUAUGUAACCCCAGUCCCACUGUGACUCGCUUUAGGGGAGUCAGGGCCCAGGCAGAGUAGCCAGAUGCUUGUUUGCCUUGGCUCCAGGGGGCUGGUGUCCCACUGGCAUUGUACAGCAAGGAACAUCAUUCUCUGAGCAGUGGACGAGGCGGUCUUAGCAGCCCACCCUGUCACUGUUCCCUUGCCCCCACCCUACCUCUGAACUAGCAGUUGAGGGGCCCUAGAACAAUCCCCUUCACCCAGCAUGCUCCCACAUGGCAGGGAAGCUCCUCAGGUGGCCCAAACCCCCGCAGAGGGUGCAGGGGCCUGGCUGGACCCCGGGAAGUUGGGGCAGUGGUGAGGGAGCAGCUGCCCCCUGCUCUGAGAGGAGGAAAACAAGGCCUGAGAUGCCUGGGAUUCAGACCAGGAAGCUGUGAUCCCUCCUGCUCCACCUCCUUCCCACUCCCACCCAUGUCUGGGAUCCCAGGCAGGGAACCCGAUCCCUUCCUUUGUGCUGGAGCCAGGCAAGUAGACAAACGCCCUCUAGUCUGAGAGAGGGGAGGGAUGGCUGCUGCUCAGAGUGAGCGGUCUGGGCCUGAGUGGGGCAGUCCUCCAAGUUCAAGAUUAUGGUACUAAUUUCGGUACUUUACACUCACUUUGCACCUUUCUCUCUUGUUCUCUAAGCACUUUACCUGGAUGGUGGGUGGGCAGACCCUGAGACCAGUGGGGGGGGGGGGGCGGGGAGGAGUUGUCCAUCCCGGCAGCAAGACGAAGAUGUGACCGUUCAAAAACAUGGGCCACCUCACCCUUGUCCAGGGCUCAGAGGCUGUCCUCCUAACCCUCUGCUCCUUUGGACUUGGCAUGGAGUUAGCUGCACUUCCCCAAGCUGGGUCUUGAGAAAGACACAUGUGUCUGAAAACCAGAAUCACUGUUCCGAUGGCUGGGGGGCUACUGGCCCUCCUAUCUCCUUGCCACCCCACGGAUGCAGAUGCUGUGCGGGGACCACCUAGCAGCCUCUGAGGGCUCAGGAAGCAGAGCAUCUCCUUCUUGCUGUCCACAGCCACUGGCUCCGUGACGCCCUCCUGCCCAGCCUGGACUCAACCAGGACUCAGCCCCUCGGCACAUCUUUAGCACUGGCUGUCAGCAUCAAGGCUGUGCAGCAUCACUGGAUCAGGGAGCCUUUGUGUGAAACAGCGUUUUGGGCUGGAGAGCUGUACUUUUGUUCCUUUUUCAUCUGUUCUUGUUGGCCACACCAUCCCUGGGACAGAGGCAGAGGACAGGGCAAGACAGUCACUUUGUAAUUUAUCAAGAGAGAACUAUUGGGGCCCUUAUUUAUUAUUUAAAAAUGUAAACAGAAAAGCACUGCUAGUUUACUGUCUCUCCUCCCUGUCCUCCUUGUCUUCCCCUUUGUCCCUGGCUGGGGGACAUCCACCCUGACCCAAGCAACCCAGCUCUGCAUAGCUGGCUCACCAGAGAAUACACGGCAUAGCGAGUUGGAGCCCCAGAAUCCAGCAGGGUAGCAACUUCUCUUCAGAUGGUACAGAUGUAUCUCCAUUUCCCCACCUCAUCAGGGUCCACGUGCUGGCUCAGUGGGCCCACCAUGUGGCCUUAGAAGUUUCCCUCCUGCUUUCCGCUGAAAAGGACUUGGCCUUGGAUAACAAAUUCCUCUUUGAUGAAUGUACCCUGUGGGGAUGUUUCAUACUGACAGAUUAUUUUUAUUUAUUCAAUGUCAUAUUUAAAAUAUUUAUUUUUUAUACCGAAGGAAUACUUUUUUUUUUUUUUUAAGAAAAAAGAGAAAUGAAUAAAGGAUCUGCUCUUGG